GGUGAGGGCUGAGGGGACCCCGGGGGAUUUUGGGGGGUGCAGGGGGGGAUUUUGGGGGUUCCCGCGUCACCCUCCACGGCUUCCCCCCAGGGACUCGGCCUAGAGCAGCGAGCGGAGCGACUGGUGCGAAAGAGGUGGGGGAGCGGCGCGGCCGCCAAGCGACUCCCGGACCUCCCAGAAUCCCCCUCAGUUCCCUGCUCUGCCCUCCCAAGAGCCCCUUGGGGACGCCCAACUGCCUUGGGGACGCCCCCCCGGCCCCAAGUACUUCCCCCCCGACCUCACAACCCCUCAAAUGCCCCUGGGGUCCCCAAACCCCUCGCGGGGAGGGCGAUGGGGGGGGUCGGUAUUUGAAGGGUCCCAACCUGCCCUUCCUCCCCCCAGCCAGGUCCUGCUCAGGCACCGCCCCCGUGGGCCAGAGGGGGCGGAACCUCGGCUUAGCUCCGCCCCCACAGGCCCCGCCCCCGUAGACCCCGUCCCCGACGACCCCCUCAUCCAGUGGCGUCUGAGGCGGCGCCGUGGGGAGGAGCUUGCGCUGGACACUUGCCCAGUGGGCGGGGCGACGCACUGGGAGUCACGUGAGCCCUGCAAGACACCAAUCAGGGGCCGCUUCUGCACCUCCCACCGCCAGGGGGCGACCUCGUCCCGGCCCGACUCCCAGGAGUCCUUGCAAUGGGAACCAUGCCUGCGGUCAUGUGAUGCCACUGGGGCCCUGUGGGGGGCACCAUGUUGGGUGUCACGUGAUCCUCAGGAUCUGCGGCCAAUCAGGAGUGGCGUCCAGGAUGCCCAGCAGGGGGCACCCUCACGGCAGGCACUGGUUUGUCCCCAGGACCCUGUCCUGCGGCUGCUGCGGUGCCACCGCCGGGCCCUACAGGAACAGCUCUGGGCUGUUGAGACCCUCCUGGAGCCCACCAGGUACCCCCCCCAACCUGGAGGGGGCCAAUAAAGCAAUGAAACCCCAAA